AUGCCACCAAGAGUAGAUAGCGUAGCACUACUCGAACGCACCAUGCAGAUGAUCAGGGAAACUCACACCAACUGGGACGAAGACCAAGUCUUGGAGCAUGCCUUCUCGCUAAUAAACCUCCAACCCAACACCAACCAAGCAGAGAAGAUCCCCAAGUUGGUGCUCAGCAUCAUCUCGCAAAUCGUCAAGCUCAACGAGAACAACUGGGCCAUCUGGGAGCCGAUGUUCAUGGACUGCAUCCGCCCAAUCAAGAACGCCAAGCAGAUCCUCACUGAGGAGAUUCCCAGUGGCCAUACCGAUUAUGAUGAGGAACUAGACAGCCACUUGCUGGGUCUCAUCUUGUCCUCCUGUGACCACGGACCCACCAGCCGUAUCAACACCUACACCGUACGGGAGCAAGGUGAGGAGGAGCAGCUCGGCUCUACACUCUACAAGAAGCUCAAAGCCGCUCUCACAAUAAACGACGAAGUUAAGCUCUCCGCCAUUCACAACCAGGUACACGAAGUCAAGCUAGCCCAGCGCAACAUUGCCAACCUUGGUAAGGAGCUCGAUCAAAUCUGGAAUGACGCAGCCAGGCUCGGUAGCCGCAUGGACGAAAAGCUCAAGAAGUCUACCCUGUACCGCUGCGUCAAAGACGACUGGCUCUACACCCAGACAGUAGACUCCCUCAAAGCUGCUCAACCUGGUUGCAGCUAUGAGUAUGCCUAUCAUGCACUAGCUAAGAAGCACCAAGAAGCCGAGCUCUCAGGUCAUAUCCGAGCCACGGCCAGAGCUGCGAGCAAUAGAAGUUCAACAGGCCAAGCUGGCGAGCAUAGGCAGGUUCUUAACCAAGAGGGCUACAAUAGGGGCAGGCACGACCCCGCAAACCCUAAUGAACCGGCCAAGUGCUAUAAGUGUAGGCAACCCGGGCACAUUGCCAUCAACUGCACCAACACUACACAUCACAUGGUAAAUGAUGAGGGUAAGCUCAUUGCUCCGACGCCGAAGCAAGGAUCCGUAGAUACUGCUGGACAUGAACGGUUGCGAGUACAGGCAAUAGGCGAUGCAACUUUGCGAGUAAGAGACGUUAAGAUACCACUCACUGACGUACUCCAUGUUCCAAACCUUAGCAAGAACCUAUUGUCCAUCCCAGCGCUGACUGAAAAUGGUGCACGUGUGAUAUUUGAAGAGUCUGGAGCUACUAUCCUCCAGCAUGAUGGGAGCAUGGUCAAGAGCAAGACCAACCGGCGCAAGAAGAGAUGGGAGGUUUACGGUGACUCCCUAGCAGCACAGCUCAAUGAUCCCCUAGAGGGCAUUGAUGCUACCACAACACCAGCAAAACCCGCGAGCCACACGACGAGCAAGCUAUGGCACGAACGAUUUGGUCAUCCUGGCAGGAACAAAACCAAGCAAAUCCAGGCCCACUACUUAGGAAAAGAAACACAGCUUGGACAUGAUGCAAGGGAUUGCAACUGUUGCAGCCAAGCAAAGCAAACACGCGCAAGAAUGACAAGUAGCAAAACAGAGCGAGCCCAGGCACCCUUGGAGCUGGUACACAUUGACUUGAUGACGGACCUGAAAGGCCAUCCCAACUACCACCAUGCACUGGUAGUUGUAGAUGACUCGUCAUCCUAUGUAUAUGUGAAACCACUCCUCAGCAAGACCGAAGCAUUCUCCGCCCUAAAGGCAUGGAUCAAGGCAGCAGAGAUAGCAACGGACCACACGCUAAAGUGCAUCCGCAGCGACAACGGAACAGAGUGGCCCAGCUUUGGAGCAGAAGAAUGGAAACGAGAAGCAGGGUUCAAGUGGCAGAAAACCACACCUUACGUCAGUGCCCAGAAUGGGAGAGCAGAGCGCAUGAUCAGAUCCCUUCAAGAAAAGAUGCGUGCAAUGCUUGUCCAGAGAUCAGUACCAAAGGAGCUGUGGCCCUAUGCCAUCAUGGCUGCAGGGCACACACUGAACUUGACACCCUCUACCGAAGCAAAUAGGAUCCCAUAUGAGGACUUCCACCGCAAGUCUGCACAUGGCUUGGCCAAGCAGCUGCGUGUCUUUGGCUGCCUUGCUUGGGUCCACCUCCCCAAGAAGGAUCAUACAGGAAAGCACGGCGUAAGAGCAAUCCCAGGAAUCAUGGUCGGCUACGAUGACGAGCACAAGGGCUGGAAAUUCUUUACCCCCGGCCACACCCCAUCUAUACGGUGGAGCAACUCAGCCACAUUCCAUGAAGCCAAAGGUUGGCAUGAUCGCCCCAGUGUGCAGAGCCCACUGCAGUUCGGCUUCGAGAGCCUCGAAGCAGAAGAUACUAGACCCGAGACAGAUAGCAACAAGCCCGAAUUGGAGGUGGAAGUACUCGACAUGGAGGACCCACUUCCCAAAAUACACACUGCACUGCCCGCCGACCCUAUAGAUGACAACAGGUCGGAGCUCGAUGUUGAAGAGAUAAUUGGAGAAGCACACACAGCCACCCUGAACCUCACGCCAACCUUAAAGGAAGCACUCGCCAGCGAUGAUGCACAACAAUGGCAGGAAGCCAUACGCAAGGAGCUGGACGGACUUGAGGCAAUGGGAACAUGGGAGAUUGUGGAUGUUCCACCAAACACUAGACUUGUCGACUCCAAAAUUGUCCUUCGGCUCAAAUUGGAUGCCGAUGGCAUACCAGUCCGGCACAAAGCGAGACUCGUCGCACGGGGCUUCACACAGUGGGAGGGUAUCGACUUCGAAGAAACCUUUGCACCUGUGGCACCGCUCAGCGCAAUAAGAGCCCUGUUAUCUUUGGCAGUGGAGCGCAACUGGGAAGUCCAUCAGCUUGACAUCACAAUGGCUUACCUCAACUCCACGCUCAACCAUGUGAUCUACAUGAAACCACCAGAAGGUGCCAAGGUGCCGAAAGGGAAAGCCUACCGAGUCAUCAAGGGACUGUAUGGCCUUAAACAGUCGGGACGGGAAUGGAACAUGGAGUUUGAUAAGUUCCUGCGACGCUCAAACUUCCACAGGCUCGACUGCGCACCAUGCAUCUACACUAGAGGAGAAGGAGAUAACUUUGCAAUAGUGGUCAUCUAUGUCGACGACACGCUAAUUAUAGCUCCAACCCUAGAAACAGUAAGGCAUAUCAAGGAGGAAAUAGGCCAAAGAUGGCGGAUGGAGGAUGGUGGCAAUGUCUCCCACUUCCUCGGGAUCAAAAUCACCAGGGAUCGAGAAGCGAAAACCAUGGACCUCGAGCAAACUAGUUAUGUUAAGCAGCUUCUGGAUGAACAUUUGGACAAGCGCAGAAGGAAGUCUAGUGUACCACUCCAAGACAUUCCAGUCCCAGAAACGGCAGCAAGCAUAGCAGAACGAAAGGAGUACCCACAGAUCGUCGGCAAACUCCUGUGGUUGUCUAAUGGAACAUGUCCAGACAUCAGCCAAGCCGUUGGCGUCCUUGCACGCUAUAUGACACAACCGUCAAGGGAGCACUACAACGCUGCACAGAAAGUACUCCAAUAUUUGGACUACACACGAGAUAUCCGCUUACAAUACGGCAGCAACAAGCAACAAGACUUUCUGACAGCACACAGCGAUGCAAACUGGGCAAGCGACGCUACAGCACAACGCAAAAGCUCAUCUGGUUCAGCAGUGUUCGUAUGUGGCAACCUGGUAGCAUGGAAAUCAGCACUACAGCGCUGCACUGCCUUAUCGGCGGUGGAAGCAGAAUUUGUAGCUGCGACAGAAGCUGCACGAGAGGUCCUGUUCUUCAAACACCUCUUCAAGGCUGUUGGAAUCGAUGUUGGUAUCCCUACAAUCUUUUCAGACAACACUGGUACCAUCCAGGUUAGCAAGGACCCCGCGCAACACUGGAAGUUAAAGCACAUUGACACCAAAUACCACUUCAUCAGAGAUAACGUGCAAGAUGGAAAGGUCAAGAUCAAGUACAUUAACACUGCAGAUAACUUGGCAGACCUCUUUACCAAACCGGUGGGAAAGACUAUACUACAGCGCGCGCGACAGGGACUGGGACUAAAAGCCCAGCAUGAUGCAGUGGCUCGGCAGUCUCCUGCCUUGCCACUGAGGGAGGCAGUUGAGGGAGUUGAAGUAGAUAAAGCUACACAAAGCCUAGAGACAGCGAGGGUAAUGCUUACGGCCGAGUGA